AACUCCACAACUACACCCACCACUUCCCCAGCCUACAUAACCACUGCUGCCAUGACAAACUCCACAACCACACCCACCACUUCCCCAGACUACAUAACCACUGCUGCCAUAACAAACUCCACAACCACACCCACCACGUCCCCAGCCUACAUAACCACUGCUGCCAUGACAAACUCCACAACCACACCCACCACUUCCCCAGCCUACAUAACCACUGCUGCCAUGACAAACUCCACAACCACACCCACCACGUCCCGGCCUACAUAACCACUGCUGCCAUGACAAACUCCACAACCACACCCACCACUUCCCCAGCCUAUAUAACCACUGCUGCCAUAACAAACUCCACAACUACACCCACCACUUCCCCAGCCUACAUAACCACUGCUUCCAUGACAAACUCCACAACUUCACCCACCACUUCCCCAGCCUACAUAACCACUGCUGCCAUGACAAACUCCACAACUUCACCCAACACAUCCCCAGCCUAUAUAACCACUGCUGCCAUAACAAACUCUACUCCAUACUUUACUACAACUACCACAUUCACCACUUACAUAACAAGUACUGCCAUGACACCCACCACAAUAACAACCAACACAUCCAUAGACAAUAUGACAAUUCCUGUGAAAACAACAACCAACAAAAAUACACACACCACAACCACAGCCAACUCUACAAAUGCUGCCGUCUCAACCGGUAUGAAUACACCUGGCACAUCCACAUCCAUCACAUCUGCUACAUCCAAAGACAGCCAUGCAUUCAACUUCUCACUGGCUAUAAAUGAAGAAUUCGACUUUGCACUCGCUGAUCAACAUAGUGCAAAAUACCAAGCUUAUAAAACAAGAAUUGAAAAUUCUAUUGAUGAUAGUUACCGAAAUGUACCUACCUACCAGGCCAAGUCUGCAUCAGUGACUGGAUUCCGGCCUGGCAGUGUGAUGGCAGACUUUACAAUUAAAACAACAAGUGAUAACCUUAAUUUGGUAUCAGCAAAUCGAAAGCUUGCUAACAAUCUCCGUUCAGAGGGAUUUAAUGUGAGCGAAACGGCAUUCAGUCAAAGUGUGAAAGACGGACUUUAUGAGAGCAGUGGCAAUAUAUAUCCUGGGACAAAUAUCAUACUGACCUGCAAUCCUCCAGUGAAUAAUAGCAUACAAUGGACUAUGAAUGGGAAUAAAUUACAGUCAUCAGAUAAAUAUGUAAUGAAUGCAGUUGGACUCACAGUGAAUAAUGCCACUCCCGGUGACAGUGGCUUAUAUGCAUGCACAACAACAAAAAAAUCAACACCCUAUGUUAUCUGGCAGACCAUUACAAUUCAGCCUUAUCCCAAUAUCCAAGUGAGCAGUGACAAAGUUGUAAAAUGCGAGGAUUCGAUAAUUCCACUGCAGUGUUGUGUUCAUGGGAGUUAUGAAGUGAAAUGGACUGACCCUACAGCUUGCAACUCUACUUCACCAGUUUCACUGAAAGGCUGCACAGUGUGUGAAUACAAAAUUAACCAGCAGGUCUGCCAGGCUUCUGACCAAGUAAUACAUGUCACAUGCCAACUCACAACACCUCUCAGUGGAAGUACAACUCACAGUUACAAUUCAAAAAGCAUCAAAAUAGAUGUAAUAAAAAGAGCAUUUACCUGCAUGGAUAGCAUAUUUGGUGCUGGAAAUCUAGGGGAGGAACACAUUGGUGACUGUAAUGAAAACAUGGUUGGCUUUCAAAAGGCUAAGUGUAAUUCCUCAGGCCUCUGGGACCCAAUAGAAAACAACUGCGUCUUGCGCAUCAUUCAAAAUUUAAAAGACGAAGCUAAGAAUUUACAGGUAACAGGCAUCCAGGAAUUUAUGGGCAAUGUGAUCAGUAAUACUACAGAAAAGACUCAAACAAUAAUUGAAUCUCCAGCUACAAUAUUAACAAUUGUAGAAAUACUGACAAUCAUUUCCAAUCUAUCGCAAACAAUUUUAAUCAGUCAACCCAUUAUGAUGGAUUUCCUAAAAACAACUGAUGUAAUUGGAUCAGCAGGUGCAAGAGACACAUGGGUGCAUUUAAACAAAAACAGUACAACUAUGAAUGCUAGUUCUGAGCUUCUGAAAUCUAUCGAGAGUAUUGCCUACAGACUUGGGGAUGAAAACUUCAACAUAACAACAAAUUACACAUCUUGUGUUAAAACUAACAUUUCCGGCUCCUUUUCUGAAACAUUUGGCAUGAAUUUAACUACCCAAAUAAAUUUGCCUACGGUUAGGGAAUCGACCUUCAUCACAGUAAUCAUUUCUUCUGCCCUUAACAAUGCCUUACCUGUUCGAAAUCGGACCCACUACAACAGCAGUCAAACUGGCACCAGUAUUAAUGGAGAUGUAGUUCUGAUUAAGACAAAGGCAGCAAUUAACAACAUUUCCCUUUCUUUCAUUGUCAAAAACAAGACAAUGGAAUACCCUCAGUGUGUCUUUUGGAACUUCAGUCUUCUAAAUGGUACUGGGGGAUGGGACUCGACUGGAUGUCAGUUAAAGACGUUACGUAACCAAACGGAAGGAUUCACGUGCGAGUGCAAUCACACGACUUCUUUUUCAAUACUUAUGUCUCCAUUUUCCCCAGACAAAGCCUUGGCCUCUGCCCUUGAUUAUAUAACUUACAUUGGUGUUGGCAUUUCAGUGUCCAGCUUGGUUUUGUGCCUCAUCAUUGAAUUCAUUAUAUGGAAAUCAGUAACAAGAAAUGACACAUCCUGCAUGCGCCAUGUCUCCAUAGUCAACAUUGCUCUCUCACUUCUGAUUGCAAACAUAUGCUUCAUCAUUGGAGCAUCGGUUGUUAACCAAGCAGAAGAUCCCUGCAGUACAGCAACAUUCUUCAUGCACUUCUUUUAUCUCGCCCUUUUCUUCUGGAUGUUGCUCUCAGCACUCUUGCUCCUCUACCGCACCACCAUGGUCUUUUCAAGAAUGACCAGAAGAACCAUGAUGGCUAUAGCCUUCACUGUUGGCUAUGGGGCCCCAUUAAUCAUAGCUGUUAUUACCGUGGCAUCUACAGCUGAGAACCAUGGAUACAUUCAAAAAGAAAAUAGUUGCUGGCUGAACUGGCAGGAAACGAAGGCCCUCCUGGCAUUUGUGAUUCCUGCACUGUGUAUUUCUGCUAUAAACCUCCUAGUGCUUAUUGUGGUUCUAUGCAAGAUGUUGAGGAGAGGAGCUAAUGCUUCCAAUCAGCCAGAUGAGAAACAUACUGUCAUGGUUAUUGCUAGAUGUGUGGCGAUUUUAACGCCGGUCUUCGGUCUAACGUGGGGAUUCGGCAUCGGGACCAUGGUGUCAUCGAACUUUGGGAUUCACAUAGUGUUUGCCUUCCUUAAUUCACUGCAGGGCUUUUUUAUUUUAUUGUUUGGAAUUUUGCUGGAUAAUAAGGUCAGACAAGCCGUGGCAGCAAAGCUGGGAGUGAAGAACCUCAGCUCUAACCUUACCGGGAGAUUGAGUGCAGGACCAGCACCUGCAAGUGGACAGCCUUUUAUUCAGAGGGUAUAAUAGAGACAUAUGUACUGUAAAUGAAGAUUUGAUCAAUUUACAAAUAAUUUCAACAGCUUUAAUCAAUAAGGGUAAUUAUAUAUGAUUUUCUUGAUAUCAUUUCUACGCACACCAUAUUUCUCUGAUUGUUUAAUGUUCUCUGCUCUAAAUCCUAUUCAAGUUGUGUUCUUCUGAUAUUGUGCAUAUACUGUAUAUUUAAAAUGUAAUUUGAACACUAUGAAUACAUUUAUAUUUUGGUCUCUGUUACAUUUUUACCUUUGCAUUGUCUACUAUUUUCUGUUUUAUACUAUUUUCCUACCCCUAU